GGAGCAGGGAUUGAGGGGAGCUCACAUCGCCAUGGGGCUUGGGACUCUGCACGCUGGGCUGCUUUUGCUGCUGCUGUGCCUGGCCAGGGGCAGCCUGCAGGGGGGAGUGAAACUGCAGGCAAAUGGAGCCCUAGGGCGUCUCUACCUCCCAUCGCUGAUCCAGGCACCACACCCUGGCUAUGGACCCCAAGGACUGCAGCUGGGACUAGGAGCUCAGAAUGGGUUUCGAGUGGCACCGGGUGCAGGCAUAAAGCUGGGUAAAGCAGGCUACGGCGUCCCUGCAGGCUAUGGUGCAGGGUACUUCCAGGCUGCACUGCCCCUGGGAGGUUAUGGGGCAGGACCCAGAGUUGGCAGCUACCCCACAGCUCAACAAGGAAUCGCUGGAGUAGGCGGUGGAUACCUGGCCAAUGGGGCACAGCCAGGAUACAGGAAUGGCUACGGUGCAGGAGGGAACAGUCACCCUGGGGCCGGACUCCAGUCAGGAUAUGGCAACGGUGCCCAGGCUACCUACUUAGGGCAUUUUGCCAGCCUUAGCACAGAUCUCUCAGCUGCUAAAUAUGGUGGUGCAGGGCAACUAAUGUACAGGGCACAACAGGCUGGGCCCAGUUCCCUGGAUGCAGGCAACGGGAAUGGACUGGGACAUGCAAACGGAGGGGAUCUGCAGGCUAACGGACUGGCUGCUGGGGGAUACGGGCCACUCACAGCAGGGCAGGCUCCUGGAGGCUAUGGACUCUCCCCAGCAGCAUAUGGAAGCAAGGAGGCCAAGUAUGGGCUGAACGGCUUUCUGGGGAAUGGAUACAGAGGUCGCUGCCCUCCCGGGAAGUGCUGAGUCCCCGACCUUCACUUGGGGAACUUCGCACCACAGGAUGGCAGAAGCCUACCGCUUCUGGUGCUGAAAAAGCAAAGAAUUUCUCCUGAGAUAAAUUAUCGUCUCUUUCUCUUUAUUUUUAAUGGCUACAGAUCUGUCUUUUUAACAGAAAAACAAACAGUGACUGGUAAAUGUAAUGUGUUUGGAAAGUGAGGCUGCAACCCUUCUGACCUCCCUUCCUCUUGGGCUUGGCCAGCGAGGAGAGAGGGGUUUUAAGGGUAGGCCUGUACAGGAAUACCGGGAAGGUCGGAGCGGGGUGACUCGGUUGUUAACUCCCUUUUACUGGCUAGGCAGAGAAUAUGUGUUUGUAGCUAGAGAGUGGGAUGUGGGAGCGCUUGCAAUAAAGAUCCCGCACAAA